AUGGGAGAUCUACCGGAGUCGCGAUUGGCGGCCUUCACUCGUCCAUUCUCGUACACCGGCAUUGACUACUUUGGACCUAUGCAUGUUGUAGUCGGAAGAAGGGUCGAGAAAAGAUGGGGUGUCCUUCUAACCUGUAUGACGAUCCGGGCUAUUCAUAUCGAGAUAGCGCAUUCACUCACGACAGACUCAUGCAUUCUUGCUCUCCGAAACUUUAUCGCACGUCGCGGAACACCCUUAGAAAUCUUCAGCGACUGCGGUACGAAUUUUGUAGGUGCCAGUCGAGAACUACGAAAUUCUAAGGAAAAGAUUGACCAAGUUAAGAUGAUGGAAUUCUUCGAAAGCUCGGAUACGAAAUGGACAUUCAAUCCACCUGCUGCACCGCAUUUCGGUGGUUGUUGGGAGCGCCUGAUACAGUCAGUGAAAAGAACGUUAAUGCAGAUAAAGACGAAACGACUUCCAACAGACGAAAUCCUCAGAAAUAUGCUCCUAGAAACAGAAAUGAUCAUAAAUUCCCGACCGCUCACUCAAGUUCCUUUACAAGACGAAAAUUCCACUCCAAUUACACCCAACCAUUUUCUAUUGGGUUCUUCUAAUGGUUCUAAGCCCCCGAUCGCAUUCAACGAUUCGCCGGUUAUGCUUCGACAUUCCUGGAAGAUGUCCCAAGCCUUCGCAGAUGAGUUUUGGAAGAAAUGGGUCAACGAAUAUCUUCCAACGCUAACACGUCGAACGAAGUGGUUCCAGCCGGUGAAGCCCAUUGAAACUGGAGAUAUAGUGCUAGUGGUGGACAAUACAUUGCCACGGAACUGCUGGCCUAGGGGUCGCGUCAUCAGCGUGGUUCACUCCAAGGAUGGACAAGUUCGCAGGGGAGUUGUGCAAACCAUGCAUGGAUUACUAGAGAGACCAGUGGUGAAGCUGGCGUUUCUGGACGUCGGUUCUAAUCCUAGUAAGCCGAGUCAAUGA